GACUUCGCAGACGACAACGCAUGCGCACGUAACCUGCUCUUUGAGGAGGAGGAUGAAACAGGUGUGCGUGGCUACUUCACGGCUUCGCCGUUGCUUCUUCUGCGCUUAGACGUUUCCUCUGAACGGAUAACCUGUUGCACUGAGGACCAGCGGGGUGGGCAUGACCGCAUGCGGAAGCAGUCCUACUACGUCUGGUUCCUGGGCGCCAAGGAGUCACGGGGGCUCCGAGGCGUGCAGUAUAUCGCUCCCGUACUGCGAUUCCUUCUCGACAGGGAGCGGGAACUGGAACCAGCGAAAGUCACUCUUCAGGUGAGCAGCAAAGGUGUGAAGAUGGUGCAGAACGUGUCCCGUGGGCGGGGAAAGCUGGAGCAGGUGAAGCACUUCAUACCCCAACAGGCCGUCACGUGCGCCCACCAGGAAGAAGACGUCGUGUGUGCCAUCCUUCUGCUCUACAAUCCCGUAACGCACUGUCCGGUCCACGUGCACGCCUAUCGGUGCGACUCCCCGGAGACGGCCGCCAUGUUGAAGUCCCAGCUGCAACAGCUGUCGCAGAGGCCCGAAAACCAGACGCGCUUCAGACAGAUUGAACACCGGCUCGCCGCAAAAGGAUUGCUUCCAGAAACGCACUCCCCGUUGCGAAGCUCAAGAACACGUAACACAUUGGUGGAUAAGGGAGUGGAAGAGCGUCCUUUUGUGCUUCGCCGCGACCAGCCGCGACAAAAAUAUUCGAGGACGCUGGCCUCGGACGGCAGAACGGACGACGGGUCGGACCACAACGAGGAACUAUCGUCCUCCCCGGUGCCAUCGACGAGGCAAAGAAGCAGAGGCAUAACCUCAUUGUACGACUCACUGGCUGCUGAGCUGAGGGAGAAACUAGGCAAUCCCCAGAAAGGUCCCUUACUACUGCCACCAAAGGACUAUGAUACAGUCUCCAGGCGACAGGGCGACCUCAAGGAGGUGGAGCACCGGCGCUGCACCCAGCGGGAACUGGUAGGAGCGCGCGCCGCGAAGCCCCGAGAAUCAGGAUCCAGUGGAAAGUCGAGCAGCGGCAUCAGUUCCGACGUGCACAGGGAUUGGAGAUGUUCCGACGAAGAGGAACAACCCCUUCCUCCCAGUUGUUCGCGGCGGAAUAUCCUGCAGGACCCUCGCUUUCGAGCUCUGGAACAGCGACUGACAGCGAAGAUACUAGAAGGACCACAACGCAAGUCGAUAGCAGAAGCCCCAGCACAGGAAGAGGGCAGGUUAGUGCGAAGACCGGUAGAGUCCUCCCAGCAAGGACACCACGAGAGAGUGGGGGCCCGCAGAAAAGUCUAUGCCGACGUGCCGCCCCAUCUCAAUUUUCAUCGGAGAGAGAACUAGCUUUCCAAGUGACUGCCACCGCUGCUCUGCGGAUUCGAACAAAACACUCAAGGCCAUUUAAUCUGGGCUGCCCGUAUGUGUAACUCGCAUAGCUGCAGCUUGACGUUUUUCUGUUGCUCCUGAAAAGCAGCGAUAAAGUUGCAAACAAUUAUGACAAAGAAAAAUGAUGUUCUUGCGUUGCCAACCCUUUGCAUGCGGCGAGUUGGAGGUGUCGAAGCACGUGCCUCACUUGACUGAACCACUGGAAGAGGCGCAAAGCAAAAACUACACCUUUGUGCAACUACUCAGCAUUGUGGAGUUGCAACUCCUCACCAUCGCGGAGAUCCUUCUAAUUUAAACUUGGAUAUGCUUUUACUCCAACUGUGUAUUCACAUGAGCAACAUUCCACAGAAUGCCCCAGAGGAAGACCCCACAAAACGUCCUUCUCGUGCUCUCCUAACCAUGGUGCAGCUCCCUGCAGCUCCCCCACCCCCCAAAAGCCAUUCCGUAGCAGACGACAGGGCCAGUGGUGCCGUCUGCUAUGUGCACGGUAUGCGGCUCCAGAUAUUCCGACGCCGUAAGAAUGAUUAACGUAAGACGCGGCAGAACUUCCAUCCUGUGAGUAGCUUUUGGGUUUGGAGGUUCUUCUACCAGUAGAAUAUUCCGUGGGGAUGUCGCUUGAGUGACUGUACGAGAACUUUUACUUGUAGCAUUCCGCGUUUCUGCUGCUGAGCUCUUCCGUAAAUUUUUUCCAUGUGUUACACGUGCGCUAUCUCUCGCUCAGCAAAAUGUGACACUUUGAGAGCAAUUCUUAAGACAUUGAAAGUUACUGGCACGGUCAGGCAUGUACAUGAGUAUGGCUUUGUAGAGUAGGACUUGAUAUUUACGUGACAUCUAGAGAGUCUGUGCGAUAAACUGCAAGGAGCUGAUGCACCUCGCGACUAGGAACACAAUUUUGAAUUGCUUCCUUUUAUCGUUUUCGGGCAUACACAUUUUUCUAUUUAUGCUUGUACACAAACUUAGCUUGCGCGCACCCCUAUUUAUGUUCUGUUGUGUCUGCUCCUGGGAAGUUGCAGGGUCAUAACAUGCCUACAGCUUACAAGCCAUAUUUACAGACAACUUGGUAGUGUGUGUUCUUUAGAAGAGGGAUGCUGUUCAGUAGAGCUAUCAGUAACUCUGUCCUGACUUGACUUCUGGAUUGUCCCCUUCCUUGAAACGUCUUUUAGCCAAGUAAACAGUCAUUUCUCAUGAAGUGCCCCAUUUGACACGCUGUUGUAAUUUAUGCUGUAAGGCGGGUGACAAGAAGCCCUCCUGAAUAUGUACAUAUAAACAUAGUAAUAAAAUAUAUUUAUUUUACCAUUCCUAGACAAAAGUUUCUCAUGUCAGCGCAUGAUUCUUGUUACAGACCAUGUUGCAAGCAACGAAAGUUUUGUCAGUACAUGGAUGUUGCGCAUAAAAAUACGUACUGUUUGCACAAGGAAAUACAUUGUGUCUUACGAUACAGAAUGUGCAGUAAAAAACGAUGCUUCA